UGAAAGAAAAGGGGAAAACGAAAGAAAAUCCAAACGACAAAAAUUGGUCCUCCAAAUGCAUAUAUAACUCAAACACUUAUGUAAUUUAUGUAAUGCACUAAUACUUUUCUUCGAAGCGAGUUUCCCCCCCUCUCUGACUCGGUCCCACUCACUCACUCACUCACUCGCUCCAUGACUCGGCGCGCGCGAUCGUCGUCUUCUUCUUCCUCAACCAAGAAAUUCCAAGUUUUCGAGUUCAAUGCUGAAGAAGAGAACGUCGAGAAGGCUUCUCAGAGGAUUCUCAACAAGUUCGCAAACCCUAGCAGGUCUCGCGCUUCCCCCCUCACCAAAUACAACUUUCUCCAAGCAUUUUCGUGCGGUUCCAAACCUCCGUCCGUUCACGUUCCCGCCGAUCCUAUUGACCUCGAUGCCGAACAAGAAUCGGAAUCAGUAGAAGAGACGAAGUGCUCGCCGGAGGAAGUUUCCGACAAACCGUUAGAGGCUGUUCACGAAGACGACGACGACGACGGCGGUGACGGUCGUACUGAUGUUGAUAAUGACGGAAAAUGUGAUGAUCAGUGUUCUGUGGACAUGCCGCUACAACACUCCGCUGAUAACGAGAUUUCUUGCAAUACUGAUCUCGUGGAAAGCGAUUUUGACUUGAAAAAUCAAUCGUUUGAUGUGGCUUCUGAGGACGACGAUAGUAGUCAAACGAGCUCUUCUUCAACUUCAACGUCAACUUCGAAUCUGUCGGAUUAUGAAGUUAGCUUCGGAGACCGGCUAGUGGAUCAUGAUUCUGCUGCAUUUGAAAUUAAUGGCAUAGAAAAGGUGGUUGAUGUCAUUCCUGAUUUUAUUCAGUAUGACGAUUUAUAUUCCACUAGGUCCCGGGUAACAUUCUCAUGCAGCUCCCUAAAACUUGAAGGCUCAACAAUCAAUGGAACUGGGCAAACUUUUAAAAUUGAGUGGGCAGCUGAAGAUAUUAUAAAAAUUGAGUCAUGUUGGUUUGGAAAUAUUGAAACAGCCUUGAUCAACCUUCUACUUAAAUCAAAAGAUUAUACAGAAGUUGGAAAUAUAAAUCAAAAUCCAGGCUUUAAGCUGUUAAAAUUUGCAGUGUAUGAUUCAUGUUGGUUUAAGGCAGAAGAGGCAAUCAAACUAUUGAACAUGCGAUACGCAGAUAUAUGGAGCACAUUUUUUGACAUUGAUGCAGAUGACAAUGGAAAUAGUUCUUCAUUGGGGCAAGGCCGCUUUUUCUCUCAGAAGCGCUAUUUUCCUAAUUUUGAUGAUGCAUUUGAUGAGGUUAUUUAUCCAAAGGGGGAGCCUGAUGCUGUUUCUAUAAGUAAGAGAGAUAUUGAGCUUUUACAGCCACAGACAUUCAUCAAUGAUACUAUCAUUGACUUUUAUAUCAAGUAUUUGAAAAAUAAACUCCCAGCUGAUGAACAGGACAGGUUUCACUUUUUCAAUAGUUUCUUCUUUUGUAAGCUUGCUGAUUUAGACAAAGAUCUAUCAAGUGCUUGUGAUGGUAGAGCAGCAUUUCAACGUGUACGCAAAUGGACAAGGAAAGUGAACCUUUUUGAAAAAGAUUAUAUCUUGAUUCCCAUAAACUACAGUUUUCACUGGAGCUUGAUUGUCAUUUGUCAUCCUGGUGAAGUGGCAUUCUUCAAAGAUGAAGAAAUUAAGGAAUCUUCCAAAGUACCUUGCAUCUUGCACAUGGAUUCCCUAAAAGGAAGUCAUAAAGGUCUCAAGAAUCUUUUCCAAAGCUACCUAUGUGAAGAAUGGAAAGAGAGGCACAGUAAUGUGGUGGAUGAUGUUUCUUCUAAAUUUUUACAUAUGCGAUUCAUCUCAGUUGAGUUGCCUCAGCAGGAAAAUUUAUAUGAUUGUGGCCUCUUUUUGCUCCACUAUGUGGAACGAUUUCUGGAAGGAACUCCAAUCAACUUUAACCCUUUUGUGAUUACAAAGUUCUCCAACUUUUUGAGCAGUAAUUGGUUCCCUCCGCCAGAGGCUUCACUAAAACGAUCUCAUAUACAGAACCUAAUUUAUGAUAUAUUUGAAAAUAAUUCUUUGCAAGCACCUCCUACUGAUUGCCUUGACAAAGGUCUUCCCUCUGAAGACCCUUCCAUUAUUGUUAAGCCCAAAGUGGAAGAAGAUUCCGUCGGGGGUUACUGUCAUCCAGCCUCGUGUCUUGGUAAAAAUCCUUCAGAUUCCACUACUGAACUGGAGACUACUAAUAUUCAGUAUCCAGCUGCUUCACCCAUAAAGGUUGCAUCAUGUUUGAGAGAACCUGGACUUGUUUUCAAGCACUUGCAAGUUGUAACUUCACAUUCUGAUUGUCGGAUGUCAGCAUGUGAUCAGAGAGGUUUCAUGUCACCAUUAGAGGAAAUUGACGAGUCUGGUGAGAAAACUGCUGUAUCAUUAGAGAGAGAAAAUUCCCAAGUUGGUAUAUCGGCAUAUGAUUUCCCAUCCACAUCAUACGUCGGCAAAGAUCAUGGAGCAUCAGAAACAUCACAUCGUGUAUUCUCUGUAAAUUUUGUGGAAGCUGUUGAGAGCCAUUCUUAUCCAAGAACAUCUACUCAUGAAGACCAUCCUCUAAAGAAACUCAAGGAGUCCAACAUUUCAGACAAGACAGUACUCGAGUAUUUUUCGACAUCUGGUGAGGGGCUUGCAAACUUAGUUGUUCCGGACUCUCCAGGGGCAAGUGCCGGGCAUGAUGCUGAUGUGAGUGUUAAGUCUCGUUCCUCAUUCCGGGAUAAUAUGGAUUCAGUAACCCGUCAAAUAUUUGAUUUGGAUCAGAAAAUGAGUCUUGAAGAUGAUACUUUAUUUACCAACGAAGAGCCACUAGCAUAUGAAUCUGAUGAACCAGAUACCAAAAAGCCAAAGCUUGUGAAUGCAGGUGGUCCAAGUCGCAGAUUCACAAGAAGCAUUUUAAAAGAAGCAUGUGUAAUGUUUUCUGAAUAGUGUUAGUAGCAGCAGGAUGGUUAUAGGCAAAAUUAAAUGUUAAUAUUUGAAUGUAUUAACCGCAAACCUAAGACGUAAAAGAGAAAUAGAUAAAAAAAAAAAAAGAUUUUGGUCU